CCGUGCGUAGCAGCGUGUCACCACCAAGAUGGCUGCCUGUGCGCUACGCAGGGGAUUGUUGAGCACUCUGAGUAAAUACAGCAAGAAACAAGCACAUAGAAUACUUAGUGUCGCUGACAGCAGGUUCGACGUGUGUAGACCCCUGUUAGAAUGCCGAACCUGUGGAAUGUACGGUGUGGCUCAACAGACAAGGUUUAUGUCGUCACGGAACAGGCCUGAAGGGAAGAUUUUGGAGACUGUGGGCGUGUUUGAGGCUCUGAAGCAGCACGGCAAAUAUGAAACGGGACAGUUAUUUCUCCACAGCGUGUUUGGCUACAGAGGUAUUGUCUUGUUCCCAUGGCACGCUCGACUCUACGACAGAGACAUUACACCCCCGAUGUCCGACAGCAAACCCGAACACCCUGGUGCCCACGGCUCAAAGGAAGUAAAGGGCAAGACGCACACGUACUACCAAGUUCUGAUCGAUACCAGAGACUGCCCUCACAUUUCUCAACGGUCCCAGACGGAGGCAGUGACAUUUCUGGCCAACCAUGAUGACAGCAGAGCACUGUACGCCAUCCCCGGUCUGGAUUAUGUGAGCCAUGAAGACAUCCUGCCUUACAACUCUGCAGAGCAGAUCCCCAUCCAGCAUGAGCUGUUUGAGCGCUUCCUCAUGUACAACCCUACCAAAUCGCCUCCAUUCAUACCCAGGGACACCCUGAAGGCAUGGCAAGAAAAGAACCACCCCUGGUUGGAGCUCUCCGAUGUCCACAGGGAGACCACGGAGAACAUCCGUGUCACCGUCAUCCCUUUCUACAUGGGCAUGAGGGAAGGCCAAAACUCCCACGUGUAUUGGUGGCGGUACUGCAUCCGUUUGGAGAACCUGGGAAAUGAGGUGGUUCAACUAAGAGAGAGACACUGGAGGAUCUUCAGUCUUUCUGGCACACUGGAGACGGUCCGAGGACGUGGGGUGGUGGGCAGGGAGCCGGUGUUGUCUAAAGAACAGCCAGCAUUUCAGUACAGCAGCCAUGUCUCUCUGCAGUCCCCCAGCGGUCACAUGUGGGGAACAUUUCGUAUCGAGAGGACGGACGGAUCCUGCUUUGACGUCCGCAUUCCCCCUUUCUCCCUAGAGAGCAACAAAGAUGACAAAGCUCCCCCUGCAGGCUACACAUUCUAAGUCCCUUCUAGCUUUGCCUCAGCUUCAGUAUCAAAAACAAGUCAUUUUUCCUUUGAGUGUACGCAACUAAAUAUAGCCUCCUGUUGAAGGGGGAGGGGGGGCGGUGAGGAAGCAACAUCCCAGAGCAGAGCAGGUCAGGAUUCGUAUAUAAAUUGCAAAGCACUGAUCAGGUUCUUUUUUUGCAAAUGCAGCAGAUUGUCUUGCAACGACUUAACGCAGGCCUGUUUUUGAAAAAUAGAAUGUUCCCAUCAUCCGAUUAACUGCACAGUUCUUGGUUGGUUGGACUUCUGCCUGUGCUUUGUAUUAUUUAACAGUUUUAACCGUUAACAAUUUUAAAAGCAAACGGUAAUCCUUAAAACUAAGUUGGUGCGAAUGGAAAAACACACCAUUCCUGUGAAGCUGUUGCCCCUGUGGCUGUGGUGUGUUGCUUUCCUCGUCAAGUGUGUGAGUAGAAUGUAAUUGAUUGGAGACUAUUAAUAAAAUGUAUAAUUUCUAAAUGUGAAUCAAACACAAACACCAGUGAUCAGGUGCUUUCUGUUAUCUCUAAAUAACACCAGAAGCAUUAGGUCUUACAUGCAAAGUGUGUGUGUGUGUGUGUGUGUGUGUGUGUGAAAUGUUAAAACAAGACACACGUCCAGCUGUUUGACUUCCAACAAAUACACAAACUUUUGUUUUGAAACGACACUUCCGGUUGAAAUACUGUAAAUAGGAAUGUAAUUAAAAGCCAAGAAAUAAAUGUUUUCAAAAAUACA